UGGAGAACGUCCCCCCUGUGCAGAUGAUGGACACCCAGGGCACCUCAGGAGGGCACUGGGGUGUGGGAGGCUUUGCCAAGCCUCACCUCCCUCGGGCCAAGAUGUCCUGCUACGAGCUGUGCCCCCCUAAAGCCAGCGUGGCUGUGCCCAAGCCCAGCGUGGCUGUGCCCCAGCCCAUCGCCGAGAGCUGCAACGAGCUGUGCGCCCGCCAGUGCCCCGACUCCACGGCCUUCAUCCAGCCGCCCCCCGUGGUGGUCACCUUCCCCGGCCCCAUCCUCAGCUCCUUCCCCCAGCAAGCCGUGGUGGGCUCCGCCGGAGCCCCCGCCUUUGGGGGCUCCCUGGCUGGGGGCCUCUACGGCCAAGGGGCCACCCAGGCCUCGGGGGGCCUCUGCACCUUUCCCACAGCCUGCGCUGCUCCCGCCUGCAGCCCUUGGCUCCUGCCCCGCUACUCCAGGAAAAUCUGGGACACCUGCGGGCCCUGCUAGACCCAGCCCACACCCCACUGACAGCGCUCACCACGCUCCACAACCCACCAGCUGCACAACAGCCCUUGGCCUCCUCCAGCCCGGCACCACCAGCCUGCCUGGCUCUUGCCCACCAUCUCUCUCACACUCUCUCCUGACCCUCUCUGCUCAAUAAACUUUUCCUGCAGUCAA